AUGGCUGACCUGGAUGGUACAUCUCGCCGCGACGAGGACGAGGUGUGCCCCAUCUGCAAGUCUUCGAGAUACCUCAACCCCGACAUGCGCUUCCUCAUCAACCCGGAGUGCUAUCAUCGAAUGUGUGAAGCCUGCAUAGAUCGGUUGUUUACUUCAGGACCGAAUUCAUGUCCCGUCGUUGGUUGCAAGAAGACAUUGCGAAAGAACCGAUUUCGCACGCAGACCUUUGAAGAUAUCAGCGUGGAGAGGGAGGUUGACAUUCGCAAGAGAGUGAUGGGAAUCCUCAACCGUCGCGAAGAUGAAUUCGACAGCAAACUCGACUGGGACAACUUCCUCGAACAACGCGAGACCAUGAUCAUGAACCUCGUGACGGGAACAGACGUAGCCAAGACCGAAGCCGACCUGAGAAAGUACGAAGCAUCAAACCUCGAUUCCAUCCGGGCCAACAAAAUGCGAGAAACGCAGGAAUCGUCCUCCUUCCUGGAACAGCAGUCAUUCGAACAAGAGCAAGCGCGUCUACGCCGCAUGGCUGCGCGGGACGAAUACGAAAGAGAACACCGCGACCUCCUUGCAAGCCGCGAAGAAACACUCUCCAAACUCGCAUCCGGCAGGCCCAGUGACGCCGCAAGUAUUGCACGAGAGGGACAGAAAAUCCUACUCAAAAAGUCAUCCGCGCGCCGCAGCGAAGAGGAAAGACUGCGCCAAAAGCAGGCCUCGCUACGAGGCGAAAAGAGCAAAAAGCAAAGCCUUCUCGCGACUGCAGUUGCAGACGCAGACGCAGACGCAGAACCAAGCCUUAUCAAGGGUCUCAAGAAAGUCUCCAUCCCAGAACCAGAGAAACCCUACGAUCCAUUUGGUGGUUUGGAGCCGGGCCGACGAGAUUAUUACGUCUUACAGGACCAUUACCCAUCUUCAUGGCUUGAGCAGGCGCGUAACAAUGCUACGUUUGCAGCAGGCGGGUUUGAUGUCAAGGAGUACUAUUCACGCACGCUCCUCGAGGCCUUUGCUGGUCUAGGCUGUUUUAUUGAUGAUGAGGUCACGAAGCGUGAAAAUGCGAAGAAAGCUUCAAUAGCUACGAAAGGUGCUGCACAGCAAGCUGCUACUGUUAGGGCAUCGGAUGAUGUAUUUUGA